AUGGCUGAUUCGCCAUCAACAAAACGCUCAAAAUUGGGUUUAGACUCGAAUUGCAUCAAAUUAAGGAAAAAUAUUAGCAAAUCAACUUCCGAACUGAGCUAUCAUGAGUCAUGUCGAGAACUUACGGAGGAGCCAAAGUCUCCGAAACGCGUCAAAAGUGCGGGAACAGCAGCUGGCGUCACGGGAGUUUUACAAAAAACGCACGGAUUCUUCAAUAAUUUGAGGAAUCGCUUAAGUCGAGGCAGAAGCAAAGAACGUGUUGGUCGAAAGUCUCCCAUUGACCAUGAUGAACACAACAAAAGUAGUCAAAGUGACGGGAUGGCAGACAGUAGUGAUUAUAGCAACUCAAAUACGCCUCUUACCCAAUCGCCGAGACAUCGUGCAACGACAGCAGACUCUCCGCUGGCCCGAACAAGCGCCAAUAGCGGCGGUUUCGGAAGUCGUCAAGCAUCCAAGACUGAUAGUUUUAAGAUUUUCACAACAGCAACUGCCUCGUCGACGGGCGCCAAACUCGAACGACAACAAAGUCACGAAAAGCAGAAAAAACGCGAAAACGAGCUGCGCAAACAUUCGUUCUUCCAACUGCGAGUCACGUUGAAGGAAGGUCGGGGACUUGUGGCAAUGGAUAAAAGCGGAACAAGCGAUCCGUACGUGAAAUUUAAGGUUGGCGGAAGGAUGUUGUACAAAUCAAAGACAGUUCACAAAGAUUUAAACCCAAAAUGGGAUGAAACGUUCAUCGUUCCCGUCGAAGAUCCGUUUUUGCCGAUUAACAUCAAGGUUUUUGAUUACGAUUGGGGAUUACAAGACGAUUUCAUGGGCGCAUCAAAGCUUUCUCUUCUUUCAAUUGACUUGAAUCAACAAACUGACGUCACGUUACGACUCGAAGAUCCAUCGCGCCCGGAAAAGGAUUUGGGCGAAUUACUGUUGAGUGUUAUUCUGUGGCCAAAAACGCAAGAAGAUAAGGAACAAUACUUUCAACGAAACCCCAAGCUUGCGGAUGCCUCGAGACGUCUCAAAAGUCAAAUUUGGAGCUCAGUCGUUACCACAGUGCUUGUUGAGGCGAAGGGACUUCCUCCUGACUUGGAUGGCGGCAUUGACGAACCUUUUGUGAAAUUUCGCUUGGGCAACGAAAAGUUCAAGAGCAAAGUUUCGUAUCGCGCAAAAUGGCUCGAACAGUUUGACUUGCACCUUUUUGAUGACGAUCAAAUUUUAGAGGUAGUUGUUUGUGGCAAAUACAAUAAUUACGGUAGAUGUACGAUAGAUCUCAGCAAUUUGCAGCGCGAACAGACACACACAAUAUGGCAGCCUCUUGAAGACUGUUCCGCAGAAGUGCUUCUUAUGUUGACAAUCAGUGGGACAACAGCUUCCGAGACAAUUAGUGAUCUAACGACGUACAAAGAGGACCCCAAGGAAAGGGCAAUUAUUGAAUCGAGAUAUGGAUGGCGACGUACUUUCGAAAAUAUGAGAGAUAUUGGGCAUUUAACUGUUAAGGUAUACAGCGCUACGGGUUUGGCUGCUGCUGAUUUGGGCGGAAAAUCUGAUCCUUUUUGCGUGUUGGAGCUUGGAAAUGCUCGAUUACAAACCCAAACUGAAUAUAAGACUCUCACCCCGAAUUGGAAUAAAAUUUUUACCUUCAACGUUAAAGACAUAACAUCCGUUCUCGAGAUCACCGUUUUCGACGAAGAUCGCGAUCACAAAGUUGAAUUUCUCGGCAGAGUCGCAAUUCCUCUUCUUCGCAUCAGAAACGGCGAAAAACGAUGGUAUGCCUUGAAAGAUAAGAAAUUAUGCGGGCGUGCAAAGGGAAAUUGUCCUCAAAUACUGUUGGAAUUGUCAGUUCUUUACUCACCGAUUCGUGCAGGACUUCGAGUUCUCGAACCGAAAGAGGAGAAAUUAAUUCAACAGGAAGUCAAGUUCAAACGACAGCUGUUUAUGAGGAACGUUGCUCGUCUAAAAGCGAUUAUUAUGUUCUUCAUUGAGGUUGGGCAGUUCAUUCAGAGUUGCUUGGAAUGGGAAAGUCCGAUACGAUCGAUGACAGCGUUGAUUUUUUGGAUUUGCGGAUGUAUUUGGUUCGAUAUUUCGACUGUGCCGGCGGUUUUGUUGCUGUAUCUCUUAAAGAAUUGGAUUGUUGCGUGGUUAACAGGAACUUCCUCAACAUUGUCGAUAGAUGACGGAGAUUUGGGUAGCGAUGAUGAAGAUGACGACGAUAAAGAUAAGGAAGAGAAGAAAACUAUUAAAGAAAGGCUCCAAGCGAUCCAAGAAGCUUCCCAAACAGUCCAAAAUACUAUCGGAUAUCUCGCUUCUCUUGGCGAGAGUGUUAAAAAUACUUUCAACUUUGCCGUUCCUGAAUUGAGCUGGUUGACAGCCUUUGUCCUUUUCAUGGCGUGUCUUAUUCUCCAUUACAUCCCGAUGCGAGUUAUUCUCCUUGCAUGGGGUCUCAUAAAGUUUUCCAAACGCCUCAUUCGACCUCACGUUGUUCCAAAUAACGAAGUUCUCGACUUACUGAGUCGUGUUCCUGAUGAUGAUGAAAUGAUUAUGUAUCGUGAAUUAACGCUCCAUACAGCUGCUGAACCCGGUCCCAGCGGGUUACGAGGGCGUGAUCAACGAAAAAACAAGAAAUUAAACUAA